AUGUCUAUGUCACAUCUUUACGGCAAAGAUGAGGACAGCGAUGGGGUGGAGAUGGAGAAAUUUGAAAUCACUGACUGGGACAUACAGAAUGAAUUCAACCCCAACCGGCGGAAACAUUGGCAGACCAAAGAGGAGGCCACCUAUGGAAUAUGGGCGGAGCAUGACUCUGAUGAUGAGAGGCCCAGCUUUGGUGGGAAGAAGUCCCGUGACUAUACAGCCCCUGUGAAUUUUAUCAGUGCGGGAAUUCGUAAGCCUGUGGCUGAAGAGAAUUCCAAUAGCGAUUCUGAAGAUGAAAUCCCAACGAAGAAAGAAGAUCUGCCAAAGGAGUUUGAAUCAAAGAAGCUGCGGACGGGGGGAAACUUUAAGCCAACCCAGAAAACAUUUGCUGGCGGGAUCAAGUCGAAUAAUGAUUUUGGUUUGUGGGAAAGGCACACCAAGGGGAUCGGACAGAAACUCCUUCAGAAGAUGGGUUAUGUACAAGGCAGAGGCCUGGGGAAGAAUGCUCAAGGUAUCAUCGCACCUAUUGAGGCCAAGCAGAGAAAAGGCAAAGGGGCGGUGGGUGCUUAUGGAUCAGAGAGAACGAAGCAGUCUCUGAAGGAUUUCCCUGUUGUGGAUUCUGAGGAGGAAGAAGAGAAGGAAUUUCAGAAGGAGCUGAGUCAAUGGAGGAAAGACCCUGGUGGAAUCAAGAAGAAGCCCAAGUAUGCCUACAAGACAGUGGAGGAGCUAAAAGCCAAAGGGAAAGGGGGGAAAGUCAUCAGUGCACCUCAGAAAGAAAUAUCUCAAGUCAAGGUGAUUGAUAUGACCGGACGGGAACAGAAGGUUUACUAUAGCUACAGUCAGUUCUCACACAAGCACAACAUGCCAGGAGAUAGCACAGCACCAGCAGGGAAGGAGGAGAAGCCGCAAGGGUUUGUUCUGCCAGAACUAGAGCACAAUCUUCAGCUGUUGAUUGACAUGACAGAGCAGGAGAUCAUCCAGAAUGACCGGCAGCUGCAGUACGAGAACGACAUGGUGGUGAACCUGACCCAUGAGCUGGAGAAGCUCUCUGAAGUUCUGGGGAGGGAGGAGAAGACCAUUCACAACUUGAGCCAGGUCCUGAAGACUGUGGAGGACUGUGAACAGAGGCUGCAGCCUGGCUGUGAAAAUCCACUCACGCUGGAUGAGUGCGCACGUGUUUUCCAGACGCUGCAAGACAAAUACUAUGAGGAGUACAAGAUGUCUGAGAAGUCUGAUCUGGCCGUGGCUCUUGUCUAUCCUCUGGUGAAAGAAUACUUCAAAGACUGGAACCCCCUAAGGGUAGGUAAAGUGGAGAAUGAUGAGACCUUUAUAUUUCUAGCCAUUCCAAAGUUUGUAGAGUUAUUGAUGCACAUUGGGGAGAUUGUUGCUGGAGUCAGUUUACUACGGAUGGGCCUUUAA